CCUUCCGAUCCACCCCUGGCAUCACUCUCCCCCGGCUCCACUCCCCUCCCCAACUCCGGCGAUGGCCGGCCGCCUCCCGGGCGCCGCCGCCGCCGCGGCGCCCCUCCCGCGAGCGCUCCUGCUGCUCGCGGCGCUCGCCCUCUUCUCCCUCACCUUCCUCUCCCUCCGCUCGCUCCGCGCCGCCUCCGCCCCCUCCCUCGCCCUCGACGACCGCUCCCUCCCGCCGCCCUCCUUCGCGCGCCCGUCGGUGUACCACUCCCCCGAGGCCUUCGCGUCCGGGUACGCGGAGAUGGAGCGGAGCUUCAAGGUGUACGUCUACCCGGACGGCGACCCCAGGACCUUCUACCAGACGCCGCGGAAGCUUACCGGCAAGUACGCUAGCGAGGGCUACUUCUUCCAGAACAUCCGCGAGAGCCGCUUCCGCACCGACGACCCCGACCAGGCGCACCUCUUCUUCGUCCCCAUCUCUCCCCACAAGAUGCGCGGCAAGGGUACUUCAUAUGAGAACAUGACAAUAAUAGUUAAGGAUUAUGUGGAAGGCUUGAUAAACAAGUAUCCUUACUGGAACAGGACACUUGGAGCGGACCACUUCUUUGUAACCUGCCAUGAUGUAGGUGUUAGAGCUUUUGAAGGACUUCCAUUCAUGGUGAAGAAUUCUAUUAGAGUUGUGUGUUCGCCAAGCUAUAACGUUGACUUCAUACCACAUAAGGAUAUCGCUCUUCCUCAAGUAUUGCAACCAUUUGCUCUGCCUAAAGGAGGAAAUGACGUUGAGAACAGGACUAUCCUUGGAUUUUGGGCUGGCCAUCGCAAUUCUAAAAUAAGAGUCAUUUUGGCACGAGCUUGGGAGAAUGAUACAGAGCUUGCUAUCAGUAACAAUCGGAUCAGUAGAGCUAUUGGAGAGCUGGUUUACCAAAAACAGUUCUACCGCACAAAGUUCUGUAUCUGUCCUGGUGGGUCUCAAGUUAACAGUGCACGCGUAUCUGAUUCGAUACACUACGGCUGUGUCCCUGUUAUUUUGUCAGACUACUACGAUUUGCCUUUCAACGAUAUCCUGGACUGGAGAAAAUUUGCGGUUGUACUUAAGGAGCAUGAUGUAUAUCAACUAAAAAAUAUACUAAAAUCUAUAUCACAGGAAGAGUUUGUUGCAUUGCACAAAUCUCUUGUUCAGGUACAGAAACAUUUUGUGUGGCAUUCACCACCUCUUCCUUAUGAUGCGUUCCACAUGGUUAUGUAUGAACUAUGGUUGCGGCAUCAUGUGAUCAAGUACUGAAUAUAACUAUCCAAUCCAAGUCUAGGCAGAUACCAACACGAACGCCUCAUCCGUAUGGACCGUAUGAAAGAUACUGCAGGAUGCUGUACUGAACAUGGCAUUUCAUUCUUAUGCUCAUAUUAUGAGCAACUGGAUGGAUCAUUGUGCUCUGUCAUCGUGAGGGAAGUCGGCCAUCAUCGAUCAUAAAUCAUCAAACCGGAGUUGUAGGUAAUAGACUAAUUAGUUCAUUCUUUCAUGAAUGUUUGGUUUCCCCUAUAUUGCAGUCUUUCUUUUAGGCUGCUUUUUCUAGUUUGAUGUGAUACAGUAACUUCACGGAUCUGCCCAUUUUCUUACUCAUGUAAAUUAAUGUACGAUGUUACUGACAAGACACAGAGAACUGAACUGUCUAGGAUAUAUUCGUGAUCAGCCAACUUUCAGGGGUUAAUUUCACAGUUCACCACGCGAUCUGUAGACUUGUGUCAUGAGUUAUGACUGCAUGCUCCCUGAAAGAAGCGAUUACAUUGAGCCAACAUGCGGCUUCUCUUUUGAAAAAAAAUAUAUG